ACGAAACUUAUCAGCGCAUCCCGCCACAAAUCUAAAAUGCCGAAGAAGAAGAGGAAUAAAAUCGCCGAGGCUGGAGAGGAGUUUUAUACGGAAGUAGACCCGAACCAGUUCAUCUGCUCGGUGUGUCUGGACCAGCUGAAAGAGCCGCUCACAAUUCCCUGUGGUCACAGUUUCUGUAAAGGCUGCAUUGAGGGUUUCUGGGACCAGAAUGAAAAGAAAGGAAACUACAGCUGCCCUCAGUGCAGACAGAGCUUCAAUCCGAGGCCUGUUCUGGGGAGGAACAACAUGCUGGCAGAGGCUGUGGAGAUAUUUAAAAGAACAAACAUCCAGCAGACUUCUUCCUCUAUUCCUGAGCCAGCGGCUGCUGCUGAGGCCUGUGCCGGUCCUACAGACAUCCCCUGUGACUUCUGCUGUGGGACAAACCCCAACAAAGCCACCAUGUCGUGUCUGACGUGCGUGGUAUCUUACUGUCCAGUUCACCUCAAGCCUCACUACAGUGUCCCGGCUUUGAAGAAGCACCAGCUGGUCUCUGCCUCAGUCCCGCUGCAGGAGAAGAUGUGCUCAAAGCACAACAAGCUGAUGGAGGUCUACUGUAAGACAGACAGGAAGUGUAUCUGCUAUCUGUGCGUUAUAGAUGAGCAUAAGAGCCACUGUACGGUGUCUGCUGCAACAGAGAGUGAUGAGCAGCAGAAACAGCUGAGUGUGAACCAAAAGGAAGUCCAGGAGAGACAAAAGCAGAGAGAGAGGGAGCUGACGGUGCUGCUAGAAACUCUGAAGGAUUUCAAGAAACGUACCCAGACUGCAGUGAAGUCCAGCGAUAAGGUCUUUGAUGAGCUGGUGUCCUCCAUCAAGAAAAAACAGACUUUGGCAAAGCGGCUGAUCUUAAACCAGGAGAAGGCAGCAGUGGCUCAGGCUGAAGGGCUUCAGCUCCAGCUGGAGGAGGAAAUCGCCAAGCUGAGGAAGAGAGACACAGAACUAGAGGAGAUUUCCCAUUUUGAUGACCACAUCCAUUUCAUUCAGACUUUCCAGUCGCUGUCAGCCUCGUGUGAAUCUCCAGAUUUGCCCAAUUGUCCUGUCGUCCGUUCCAAACACAGCUUCAAAACUGUGACCGACUGCAUGUCUAAGCUGAAGGCUGACAUGGAGGGCCUCCUGGAGAACACAUGGCCUAGCAUCUCUGCCAAAGUGUCCUGUGUUAAAGUUUAUCUGCAACCUGUGCCAAAGACCAGGGAGGAGUUCAUGCGCUAUCGCUGUCCUCUGAAACUGGAUGAAAAAUCGGUCUCCCAAAAUAUGUCCCUUUCAAAUGAAAACCUGCGGAUGACAUGUAAAACUGGGCAGACUUGGGAUAGUUACAGAGGUUAUAUAAUAAAAAGGCUAUCCAGUACCGAGCAGAUGUGGUGCAGAGAGGGUUUGAUGAAGCGGUGUUACUGGGAGGUCAGUCUGUCUGGUUACACUUGGUGUGUGGCAGUUUCCUACAAAAACAACAGCUCGCCACCGUCGUUUAACUCUGUGUUUGGUAACGACAGCAGGUCAUGGAGUUUGGAGUGCUCCAAAUAUAAUUGCUGCUUCAGACACAACAACCAAACCAAGAACGUGUUGAGCUCUCAGCUCUCCACAGUUGGAGUGUUCCUUGAUUAUCCAGAAGGUAUUCUGUCCUUUUACUGUGUCUCCGGCUCAAAGAUGACUUUGCUCCACAAAAUAGAAACCACCUUCACUGAGCCUCUCUACCCUUGCAUCGGGCUGAGGGAUGACCUGUCUGACCCAAAUUUAGCUUAUUAUGCAGAGCUGAUCAAGAUCUGGUAGGAGGUUUCAUUUUGGGUGUGUGAGCUUCGCAGUUGAUCAGGCUGCAAAUAAAAAUGUUUGUUUUCCAAGCUUGAAUACCAAGGUUGGAUUAUUCUGAGAAAGCUACUGUCAUUUGUCACUGUGGACAAAGUUCAAACUAUAGACUCCAACGGAUAAGGCUUUUUGCCAAAGAUUUAACUGUUGUUCCAAUUAAAAGAAAUAUAUCUCAACUCAUUAUUUUGCUUUAAAUUGUUGAUUUCUGAAACAGAUGGUUUGAGUUUGUGUUUGUCACCUUAUGUUAUUUCUUACUUAGAGCACCUACAUCACUGAAUAUGCUGACUUUUUAGUAACAUUUCUGCUUUAUUUCAGUGACUGUUCUUGUAUUAAAAAGGUAAAAUUGUUGUUUUAAAAUCUUGUUUUCUGUGUUAUCAAUGUUACAAUAAAAACUUUGGACAAGA